AUGACGCUGCUCUUUGCUGAAGGUUCCAAGACCGCUGAGCUAUCGGAUGCGAGACUGCGUCAGAUCGUGCACGAGACGCUACAGAAGCUCGAGACCCAACGAGGAGGCAAGUUCGAGCGCGUCGUGAUCGUGCCACCGGAUUUCACCCGCUUCCACUCGAAGUCGGGGGUCUUGUCGCAGUUUGCAUACGAGUAUCUGCAGGAUCAAGUGACGGAUGUGCUGCCUGCUCUGGGCACCCACGACGCCAUGACGGACACGGAGAUCACUAGAAUGUUUGGCGAAAUGCCAAAGGAUAUCUUCCGUGUGCACGACUGGAGAAAUGACGUAGUGACGAUUGGUCACGUGCCGGCGGAUCUUGUUUUUCAGGCGAGUGAUGGCAAAGUGAACGAGCCGUGGCCAGCACAAAUAAAUAGACUGCUGUGGGAAGGCAGUCAUGACUUGGUGCUCUCGAUCGGGCAAGUGGUUCCUCACGAAGUCAUGGGCAUGGCCAACUUCAACAAGAACAUCUUUGUUGGCACGGGAGGCAGCGAGGGGAUCAACUUUUCGCACUUCAUCGGCGCGGUCUACGGCAUGGAACGGAUGAUGGGGCGUGCUGAUAACCCACUUCGCCGUAUCCUGAAUUAUGCCUCCACCAACUUCCUGCAGAAGCUGCCUCUCAUCUACAUCCAGACAGUGAUCGGACGAGGAACGAACGGAGAUCUUGUGACGCGCGGCGUUUUCAUCGGAGACGAUGAAGAGUGCUUUCUUAAAGCUGCCGAGCUGUCACUGGAGGUGAACUUUGAGCUCCUGGAUACACCACUGGACAAGGUGGUGGUGUACCUGGACCCAGAAGAGUUCAAGUCCACCUGGCUCGGCAACAAGUCCAUCUAUCGCACGCGCAUGGCCAUUGCGGAUGACGGCGAACUGAUAGUGCUUGCUCCCGGCGUAGCUCGCUUCGGUGAAGACAAGCGCAUUGAUGAGCUCAUUCGCAAAUACGGCUACCGUACCACGCCGGAAGUACUGGCCCAUCUCAAUGCCAACCGCGACCUCAUGAAAAACCUGAGCGCUGCAGCACAUCUGAUCCACGGCUCGUCCGAAGGCCGAUUUCGCAUCACGUAUUGCCCAGGACAUCUCACGAAGCAAGAAGUCGAAGCUGUUGGCUUUGACUACGGUGACCUGGAGGAGCUUGGUGCCAAGUACCCAGUUGACAAGCUCCAAGACGGCUGGAAUGUAGAUGCCGACGGCGAGCGGUUUUUCUACAUCUCUAACCCCGCACUGGGCUUGUGGGCGUACCGUGGACGGUUCGAAAGCUCCUCUAUGUCCGGUGCUUCUUCUGCUGCUGAGACAGCCGUGGCGACGGGUCUUUCUGCUGUCGUGGACACGACCGAGGCCUGCCUCGAUGCUGGUGUGGGUGGUGGUCCUUUCAAACACACGUAA